GAGCAGCAGCGGACAGAGGGGAAGCUGCGGCAGCGGCUGCUCGGUGUGUAGGGCCGGCCCCGGGAUGCCGCCCUCUCCUCUCCGGUAACCUCAGGACAGGGGACAUGGACCGGGGAUUGCACGGAGCUCCGGCCGCCUGCACCCUCCUCGUUUUGGGGAUCGGGCUGCAGCUGUACCCGGGGGCGACGGAAGUUGUCCAUUUUGGCCCCUUGUUCCUGAAGGUGAAUGAAAGCUCAGAUGUCAGUAAGAACGCGUCAGUCCCGGAUGAGUUUGUCAGCAACUUUCCAGUAGAUGUAACCUCGGCUGAACCGUCUUCCCCUGCACCGGAGACCACCCAGUUUCUGGAUUUUCCAAGCACUGUGGACCCCUUCAGCACCAUCUGGCCACUUUCCAGUGAAGCUGUCCUACCAAAUGAUGUCUCAUUAACUCCCAGCCUUACUGCCCAGCCACCCGUAUCGUGGACCAGCUCUCAAGUCUUACAUAGCACCAUGGACACCGAAGUCCUGAGCAUCAUCACUUUAAGCUCUGAUGUGAUGGGAUCUGCUAGCGUCAUUGACGACACGCCGCUGUCUGCGGUCCCGGAAACAAGUCGAACAUCUAAUGUUCUUGAAGAAAGGAUAACUGUUCCACAUCUGACCUCUUUUGCUAGUGUCACCGAAUUGUAUCCGAGUACCAAAACAUUCCCAAUGUCCACGGAACACACAGAAGUUUCUUCCUCAGAUUUUGAAUUGCAGAGUUCUGUGGUGGGUAGUUCUUUGCUUGGACAACUCUCCACAUUUCCUCUUUCUGACUCCAUGGUGGAAUCUACAUUGGUCGUUUCCAGCGCACCUGGUGCUUACUCAUCGGAGAAACCAUUUAUCCUGGAGAGUAGCAUAGAAAUGCCAAGUGUGGCCUUCACAGAGGAUGUCACCAGCAUCCUAACCAAAAAUCCUUUGUUUUCUAUCUUCUCGGAUCUAGGGCUCAUCAGUGCACAGGUUUCCACCAUCAGCCCUGGUAUGGAUCUGCUGACGACCCCUCUACCCAUUACCUCUGCUAUAUAUGGAGAAUCUCACAGCGAAAUCCAAGGUGUCUCAGAAAGCCUUUUGGGGGCAAGCGAGGAACGUCCUUUCAGUUUGGUCAGUACUCCAGUGCCUACUGUUACUUCCCUGCAUGAUCAGACAUUGGUCCUGCCUUCCGAUGUCACCUACUCUCUCCCGGUGUCUGAGGAUUAUGUGGAAACCAUCAGUCCCUCAGGAUCCAUGGGAGAUGGUCCUCAUGCCAGUGUGGUGUCAGAUAAGGAGUUCUUAGUUGAGUCCACCAUUGUUGUAUAUUCUUCAGUUCCAGUAGUUCCUCUGAUUUCCAGUUAUACAGAUAUUAUUUUGGAUUCUUCCACUAGUCUUGUUGACUCCAGUCUUACGGAAAUCCUGAUGACCUCCAUGUUUCCAUCACAAAGCUUAGAUUCUACGAGUCUAAUACCCCCAUUAAUAGCUACAGAACUCUUUGUGUCUUCUAUGUCAUCUGUUGAGCUUUACUCGUUUUUUACAGCUACAUUCACACCAAUACUGACACCAUUCCUUGACAGCAAUGUUUUCGAACCUGGGAACACAGCAGAAGCUCCUGCAUUUGUCAUGAGUGACUCUGGAAUGUAUUUCAGCCAAAGCAUGUCUCCCCUAGUAGAAGAGAGUGCCGAGAUGACCGGUCUGGCCUCCAGCGAACUCUCCUGGGUUACUACCCCUGAUCAUAGCAUCAUGUUCCCGUCGUUAGCAGAAGACCUUCCCCUCACGCACUCACUGUUACCCAGUGAUUCAUCAUCCCUGAGCUUUUCCUCUCUGCUGGCACCAUCCAAAUCCGCCUUCAGUGACUCUGUGUGGGAGACGUAUUUUACAUCGCCGGUGGAAACCAUCAGCGCCGAGGUCGUGUCAUGGCAGACCUCAAAUGCCACGUCAGUGUUCUCCUUCACUCCAUCUUCUAGUCCUGACUGGGCAGAGAGAAGUUCAGGGGUCUUUUCAGAGCUCUCUGCGGUCUGGGAAGUGACACCCACCAUGGAGUCCGAGUUGGGCAAUCUCUAUACCUCAAGUUUCGCAGGUGCUACCUCCUUACUGCCUUUACUAUUAUCGUCUGCACUGAGUGUUGCUACACCCACCUUGCCCACCUACUCCUUCGGGUCUGAUUAUACCAGCAGUGCUUUGAUUGAGCAAUCUCUUCAGACCUCAUUGCUCACGGUGGGUCCUCUGUCGACAGAACUACUGAUGUCCAUGUCUACAUUGAUUUUCGACACCUUGGAAGUUUACACUUCACUUCUUUCAGUUAGUACAAUACCAACUACCAGCCUCAACAUCUCACCUGUUCUAAGCUUGCCACCCUCACCCACCAUAAGUACACCAGCCACAGUAAGCUUUCUGUCCACGAUGAGCGUCAUAUCCACCACAAACUUGACAGCCACUCUAACCUCACCAUCUACCUUAAGCGUCUUCUCAACUGUUGUCCCACCCUCUACAGUUAGCUUGCCGUGGUCUCCGAGUACACAGCCAAGUAUAACUCUGUUGUCCACACCGACUGUUCCUCACCCUCCAAGCACCAGCCUUUCUUAUUCCACCAGACAGCCAGCUACCACGGUAGCCACAACUUCUACACCAACUUCAUCCACGUCACCCGUCUCCCAUAACACACAGGCUGCAACCUCUUCAACUGCGGCCAACAACAUCACCCCAGGAGUUACCCCAACGACUUCUUCACCAGUCACACCUCCCUCUGGUCUCACAGCUGUAUCUCCUCCAACCACAACCACUAGACCCACCCUGGUGUGUGAUGUUUCCAAUCCAGAGCCUUAUCUGGUCACCGCAGUUCUGUCCCGUGGAUCAAAUAUUCAGAACAUUACGGAAUCAAUCAAGGAACUGCUAACGCUUCAUUUCAGCCGUUCCGUGGAGCUGGAGGUCUAUACGAUGUCUGAGAGAUUUUCCUUUAUGGUAACCUCCGGGUCCGUCAUCUACACGGCCGUAGCUGUUGGUAACGUCUUGGGCAGGAGCCGUCUUGUGUUGGGGCAGUUUCCACCCAUCUUGUCCCUGCAGACUGCGCUUCUGGGGCUAGACCAGAGGUUCCACGUUCAGACAGUCCUCCAGUUUGUGCCGCAGACGGUUGACAUCAGACUUUGCACAUUCAGCGAGCAGAUCCAGAAGGGCCUGAGUUUGGCGCUGUACGAAGUGAGGAGGUUGCGGCAGGAGAGCGACAAUUUCACGCUCCAGAUAGUGAACAUUACAUCCAGUCCGCCUCCGGUUGGGAUUUGGAAGGCGCCUGUCACGAUCUCCUUCGCCGUCAGAGACCGGAAUGGCUUUAUGAAUGGUUCCGAUGUCAGCGAUCAGCUCCGGAACAUGAGCCUGGUAGAGUUUAGUUUCUUCCUGGGAUUUCCGGUGAAGCAGAUUGCAGAACCAUCAACGUACCCGCAGCUUAAUCUGUCCCCAAUGCUGAAGGAGUCCUGGCUGCGAACAGUGCUGUUGGGGGUGCAGGAGCAGCAGCUGAGGGACGACGCGUUUCAGACGGAGAUGGAGAGGAAGCUGGCGCAGCUCAUCAGCGAGGCGACAUCGCAGAACCGUCGCUGGAAGAGAGCGAGCUACGCCGGGAGCAACACCGUGCAGAUGGUGAACGUCUCCCGCCUGGACGGCUCGGAUGACCCCGUACAGCUGCUGUACUUCAUAGAGGACCAGUAUGGCAGACGUCUGGAGGCUGACAAGGCCUCGAGCCUGAUUAAUGAGGUGAACAUCCAGCGGGCAGCCAUCAUUCUGGGAUACCGCCUGCAGGGCACGGUGGCACAACCACUAAACCAGGCCCAGGAAGCCGACCGCCAGGCGCAGAACCUGUGGAUCAUCGUGGGCGUGGCUGUGCCGGUGUUGGUGGUGACUGUGAUCAUUGUCAUCCUGUACUGGAAGCUGUGCCGGACGGACAAGCUGGACUUCCAGCCGGAUACUAUGAGCAACUUGCAGCAGCGGCAGAAGCUCCAGGCUCCUACUGUUAAAGGCUUCGACUUUGCCAAGCAGCACCUGGGUCAGCACAAUAAAGACGAGAUUCUGGUUGUCCACGAGCCUCCCCCACCUGUGCUACACGGACCCCUCAAAGACUCCACCCCUUCCGAAAAUGGCGACAUCCCUACGCCAAAAUCCAAGGGCUCGACUAAACCCGGCAAGAUCGGGCGGCAUCGGGGCAGUCGGGUCACCCCCUCAGACGCAGGAUCUACCGCCAGUGAGCCAUCUAGUGGUAAGGACUCGGGGGAGGAUGAAUCUCCGAGACCCUCGGCGCCUCCGCGUGAACUCCAUAUGCGCUCAAUAGCCAAGGGAGAGAUGCCCGUGUUGGGCGGCGGGGCGGACCAGCAUUCUUCUGCUUCCAUAUUUGAACAUGUAGACAGGAUGUCGCGCUCCUCCGAAGCCAGUCGGCGCCUGCCCAGCAAAAUUCAGUUGAUCGCCAUGCAGCCGAUGGCCGUGCCGGCCGUGCAUGGACUGUCUGUGGCUGAGCGGGAGAUGGAGGCUAACAAGAUAAACAGAGAGAUUCAGACAACGCUGCGACACAAGUCGGAGAUCGAGCACCAUCGCAAUAAGAUCCGACUUCGAGCCAAGCGCAGAGGACACUACGAGUUCCCCCUGGUGGACGUAGUGGGAAUGACAGACACCAAGGAACGGCAGCGCCUGUAUCGCAGGGCUCAGAUGCAGUUUGAUAAGAUCCUGGAUCCGGUGUUGGGUGUUCCCACUGUGUUCAUAGAGCCACGCAGGAGCUCGCGGUCCAGGCGUUCUCCCAAGCAGCGGCGCAAGCAGCAGGGGUCCUCAAGCCCCCCAGAUGCAGACCGAGACCGGCUAAUUACAACGGACAGUGACGGUACCUACAAACGUCCACCAGGUGUCAGUAACUCUGCCUAUGUGUCUGACCCCGAUCUCCCCUCGGAUAACCCCACCCCAGUGUCUGAUCUGGGCAAGUACCCCGGCUCUCCCCCGCACAUUCCUACCCCUGCCCAGUAUGUGGCCCCCCAGCCUUCCAUCGAAGAGGUACGUCAGACUAUGCAGUCUCUGCUGGAUGAUGCCUUCGCACUGGUGGCCCCCAGCAGCCAGGGGCCCGGGGCACUACCAUCAGGAAGCACUGUGGGGCAGCAGCCGCUCAUCAGUAAUCCUCCCCGCUCAGGCCGGGGGUCUACGCCUUGGGGGGGACAGUAUGCUCAGCAUCCGACAUCCCACUUCAACAGAUUUGUAGAAUUUGGGGCGGUCCAGACCUCUGCUCCAAGUCUUCUGACAAGAAGCCCCGGGUUCGGCUCAGGGUUCCUGCCCCCGGCAGAGGCGCCACAGCCAGAGUCUCAGCAGGGAGAUGCGCAGUACCCCUCCCGCACCUACCAGGAGGACAUAGCGUCGGUAUCCAGACCCCGGCCCCUGGGCAGCACUUCAGGCUCGGCCCAGAUCCACCAGCUGACCCAGGUGGGCAUUGCCAGCCGAAUGGGCGCUCAGCCCACAGACCUGGCAUCUAACAGGCCCGGGCAGCCGUCUGGAGGUCCUGGCUGGUCCUCGUACUAUGACGAGGAGACUCCAAGAAAUGUCCUGCACAGAGACGCGGGGAUCCCACACGGGAACCAGGAUUACGGAACCCCCCAGAUGUUCUCGGUGAAUAGAGGUCCUAAUCGCCCGCCGACAUCACACCUCCCACCUUCCAUCUGUUACCCCUCCAGCUCUGCCGAGGACGUCCAUCUGGGUCACUCCUCCGCCUCCCUCAUCAAGGCCAUCCGAGAAGAACUCCUGCGUCUCUCCCAGAAACAGGCGGUAUCGAGCACCUACCACAGCUGAUAGGGGCUCAGCUGGUGUAAUGUCCGCUUCCUAUGGAAGCCAGAGCUUCAGGCUGGAGGGCCUGAGGGGGGUAGCUGGCACUGUCAGAGAGGAGUGCGUGAAACGCGUGGCCCGGCAUCUUUACAGCAGGAUGGGUCAGCAGCACAGGCCGCCUCGGGUAGAGCGGUUAUUAGGCCCGGGUAACAGGCAUAUUAAUCCUGCCAGCACUGUUUAUAGUUCCUCCAGUGCGUCAGACCUGCAGCAGAUGGUUGUAGGCAUUUAAGGGCCCAAGAGCUUACAAUCGCAUUGAGCCAAGAACACACAUUGCCGGCGACAGUAAGCCUGAUAGAGCAGACGUUAGCGUUUAUCAUACGGCGCCAGUGCGACUCUGCAUAACGUGAAUUACAAAGGGCUAUAUUUUCCAAAUGAUUGAUGUCCAAGUAUUACACGGGCAGAGCUGCACACGUGUUAUUAGUAUGUGCUUGUGGGCCGGACACUGCGCGAAACAUGCUGAUAUAAUUUAUUGAUGAGGGCAAAAAGCCUCGGGUGGGGGAGAGGUGGGGGGGGCAGAUCUGCCCUUCAGGAACUCAUGCAAGGGUAACACAAUUUUUUAUUUUUUUAUUUGUCCACUCCCUUAGUUGCGACUCAUUACCCCACAGCUAAACAUAUGGGGUGUUGUCAGAAGUAGAUUGCCCUUUAGUAGAUAGAUAGGAGAGAUCAGAGGGUCUGGGGAGUGUAGAAUGUUUUACUUUGAUCUGUAGGAUAAUUUGAAAUAGUUUUAUUAUAAUAAGUUACUCCCCCAACCAGCACGACGGCGCGGUUCCCCUUCCCAGGACCCACGCGUUUCUGCGGUCACAGGACCCAUGCGUUUCUGCGGUCACAGGAGUUUUAAAGUUGUACAACAAACAGAGUAUUCAGAUACGGCUUCUCCGUGCGUCUUCUGCAGCAGUUUUACAGCCUGAGAUCCCUGGAGCAUCAUGGGACUACGCAGGUUCAUGGUUCCUGAAUCCCCGGCGUGUGAUUGGGCAGCUUUGCUAGCAGGGAGCAGGGGGCUUUUUAUCUACUUAAAUACAACAUUUUUAAAUACUAAUAGGAUCAGAAAUCACUUGUAAUAUAUUUUACUAAAAUAAUGUAUAAUCAGGUUAUAUUGUAGCUUUAUAAACAUGAAGUAGAGGGUGGGGUGGUACUCCCACAUUACAUCGCGUUUCGCCGGAGUAAAAUCAUCUUUGCAGGUAUUAAAGUAUUAAAGCAGGUAUGAAGUAGUACUGUGUAAGAGAGAGUAAUUAGUUGCGGGUGGUAGGGAGCCCCAGAAAUGUGUUUUAUAAUGAGGGAGAUUAAAUGGUUUCCCAAGCAUUAAUUUGAUGGUGACAUUUGGAAACCGGAUGUGAUUUACCAGAAGGCACCGCAAGGUGUAACUGGAGAAGGGGGGGAUAAUGAUGUGAAGAAUCCGUCAGUUUUAGCUUGAUGUUAUCCGGCAGUGUCGGGGUUAAAUGUCCUGCGCAGAGCAAGCUGAUCGCCGGGUCACUUCCAUGGCGCCGGCUGCGCAUACGGAGUAACAAAUGCGGUUGGACAGCGAUAGUACGGUGUUCUUGUGCAGUGAAGGAUUAUGGGAAGAGUAGUAGAUUGGAUUGGAGGGUGGGACAAACAAAUCUUAUUGAGUUUUUUUGACUCUGACGAAAAUAAUAGAUCAAGAGGGAGCUGUAGAUGUAGCAUAUCUAGAGUUUAGUAAGGCAUUUGACAGUGUCCCACAUCGCAGACUGCUAAAUAAACUUGAAAGUGUGGGGGUGGAUUAUAAAACAGUUAAAUGGAUAAGAACCUGGUUGCAGGACAGGAAACAGACAGUUGUAGUUAAUGGAGUGCAAUCUAUGGAGGGAAAUGUUACCAGUGGAGUACCCCAGGGAUCUGUACUUGGUCCAGUUCUCUUUAAUAUCUUUGUUUGUGACAUUGCAGAUGGUAUUGAAGGGAAGGUAUGCCUUUUUGCAGAUGAUACAAAGAUAUGCAACAGGGUAGACACACCGGGAGGGGUAAAACAAAUGAUUGAUGACCUAGGUAGGCUUGAAAAAUGGUCAAGAACGUGGCAACUACAGUUUAAUGCUAAAAAAUGCUAAAUCAUGCACUUGGGUCUCACAAACCCAAAGACUACCCGGAAAGGCUAAAAGAUCUUAACAUGUAUAGUUUGGAGGAGAGAAGGGAAAGGGGGGACAUGAUAGAGACUUUCAAAUAUACCAAGGGUCUUAACAAAGUUCAGGAGGGAAACAUUCUUCAAAGGAAGAGAAGUAUUAGAACUCGAGGACAUACACUGAGACUGGAGGGGGGAGGUUCAGGGGAAAUUUAAGGAAAAAUUACUUUACAGAAAGGGUAGUGGGUAAGUGGAAUAGCCUCCCAUCAGAGGUGGUAGAGGCUAAGACUGUAGAGCAAUUUAAACAUGCUUGGGAUAGACAUAAGGAUAUCCUUACAAAGAAUUAAGGUUCAAAAAGGGGCAGACUAGAUGGGCCAAGUGGUGCUUAUCUGCCGUCACAUUCUAUGUUUCUAUGUUAUUGUGAGGAAGGGUUAAGUAUAGAACAGGUUCCAGUUGUAUGAGGGAGUAAUGCAGAUUCUGCCGGCCUGGGAGCGACGUGUUUGUGGUUGUAAAUGAGAUGUUUAAUUAUAAAACAAGACAGAGCAGAGAGCGCAGCAUUAAAAGCGUCUCCGUAUUAUUCAACACAAUGCAAAAUCCAGCUCCCAGCUGGUUACUGCCUGGGGGUGAGGAGGGUCAGAGGUCAGCAGUGAGGUAUUACUAGGAAGUGCAUUAUCCUUCUGCUUUCCAAACCAUUGCAGUCAAUGGGGUAAAUUUACUAAGGUGGGAGUUUUUUAGAACUGGUGAUGUUGUCUAUAGCAACCAAUCAGAUUCUAUCUUUAUCUUCUAGAAGCAGCUUGAUAAAUGUUACGUAGAAUCUGAUUGGUUGCUGUGGGCAACAUCACUAGUUCUAAAAAAACUCCCACCUUAGUAAAUUUACCCCAAUGUGUCACUGUAGGUUUAUAUAUCAUUACAUACAAGUUAUUCUUGGGGUGACUCUUUGGGGCUUAUUUACUAAAUGGCAGCUUUAUCAGCGUUCUUACCCGCAGAUUGCACAACAGCGGCACUGUAACGCCAGGUGAGCAUUGCACCUAAAAGUGUUGCUGUUAUAAAUUCUGUUGGGCAAAUCGCAGAUAAUAAGCGGCUUUGGAAAGCCCCCGUUUAGUAAAUUAACCCCUUUGAAUCAAUUCCAGCGGACUUGUAAUGACAUAUGAUGUCCCGAUUAUUAUUAUCAUCUUUUAUUUACAUGGCGCCACAAGGGAUCUGCAGCGCACAAUUACAGAGUACAUGAACAAAUAUACAAAACAAGAAAACAGUGAUUUAUAGAACAAGACAAUAUAGGACAAGUACAGGGUAUAUAGACAUAGCUGCGUCAGCAGACGGCACUGAGAUAAGUAUCAGGGCGGCAGAAAACCGCGGGGUUGUUGUUGCAGGCAGUAUGAAAUAGAAUAUGGUUUAAGUAAGAGAAGGAAAAGCACAUGAGGGAAGAGGGCCCUGAUCGUGAGAGCUUACAUUCUGAAGGGGAGGGGCAGACAGACAGGGGUGACACAGAUGGGGUAGACGGUGAGCGUGGGACAGCGUGAUCCUAUCCUGCACUGAGGAGUCCUCACCAGGAUGGAACAGGCUGUCAGUAUAAAGACAUCACUAUGUUGGGGUGUAAGAGUCAGAUGAGCAAAGUAUGUGUGUGUGAGUAUACCCCAGAGUCACUUCUAGGUGGUAAAAUGGUUUAAUGCCCAAUUAUUAAAUGCCAACAAAAUGCAGUUUUAUUCCCAGUACUGGGUACUGGGAAUAACUGGACCCAGGAAGGAGGGUCCAGUUAUUCCCAGUACCCAGGAAGGAGGGUCCAGUUAUUCCCAGUACCCAGGAAGGAGGGUCCAGUUAUUCCCAGUACCCAGGAAGGAGGGUCCAGUUAUUAUCAGUACCCAGGAAGGAGGGUCCAGUUAUUCCCAGUACCCAGGAAGGAGGGUCCAGUUAUUCCCAGUACCCAGGAAGGAGGGUCCAGUUAUUCCCAGUACCCAGGAAGGAGGGUCCAGUUAUUCCCAGUACCCAGGAAGGAGGGUCCAGUUAUUCCCAGUACCCAGGAAGGAGGGUCCAGUUAUUCCCAGUACCCAGGAAGGAGGGUCCAGUUAUUCCCAGUACCCAGGAAGGAGGGUCCAGUUAUUCCCAGUACCCAGGAAGGAGGGUCCAGUUAUUCCCAGUACCCAGGAAGGGAGGGUCCAGUUAUUCCCAAUACCCAGGAAGGAGGGUCCACUUAUUCCCAGUACCUAGGAAGGAGGGUCCAGUUAUUCCCAGUACCCAGGAAGGAGGGUCCAGUUAUUCCCAGUACCCAGGAAGGGAGGGUCCAGUUAUUAUCAGUACCCAGGAAGGAGGGUCCAGUUAUUCUCAGUACCCAGGAAGGGAGGGUCCAGUUAUUCCCAGUACCCAGGAAGGGGAGGGUCCAGUUAUUCCCAGUACCCAGGAAGGGGGGGGUCCAGUUAUUCCCAGUACCCAGGAAGGGAGGGUCCAGUUAUUCCCAGUACCCAGGAAGGAGGGUCCAGUUUUAUUCCCAGGAAGGAGGGUCCAGUUUUAUUCACAGGACCCAGGAAGGAGGGUCCAGUUAUUCCCAGUAGCCAGGAAGGAGGGUCCAGUUAUUCCCAGUACCCAGGAAGGAGGGUCCAGUUAUUCCCAGUACCCAGGAAGGAGGGUCCACUUAUUCCCAGUACCCAGGAAGGAGGGUCCAGUUAUUCCCAGUACCCAGGAAGGAGGGUCCAGUUAUUCCCAGUACCCAGGAAGGAGGGUCCAGUUAUUCCCAGUACCCAGAAAGGAGGGUCCAGUUAUUCCCAGUACCCAGGAAGGAGGAUCCAGUUAUUCCCAGCACCCAGGAAGGAGUGUCCACUUAUUCCCAGUACCCAGGAAGGAGGGUCCAGUUAUUCCCAGUACCCAGGAAGGAGGGUCCACUUAUUCCCAGUACCCAGGAAGGAGGGUCCAGUUAUUCCCAGUACCCAGGAAGGAGGGUCCUUAUUUCAUUAACAGGGUUACAAAAUAGAUUGGAACUCCAAAUACUGUAGGUUUUUAAGGAGACUGAGAAGAAUUCUUGGAACCAGGACGGCUCCUGGGGCCUGAUCAGAGCGGGGCAUAGCUGCAUUCGCUACUGAGUUUUUGCACGUAGUGGAUCUGCAAAUAUAUGCUGCGCUGCUUGUGUACAAAGUCGCACCAUCAGUCUCACCAUUGAGCAGUGUGUAUGAAUUUGCAGUGGCAGCUCUGACACGGUCAUGACGUGCCUGCGUUUCUGUAGCCAUCCUCCAUUACCUCCCACAAACAUUCACUACCUGUCACUCACGCUGCAGAUAACGCCUGCCAUUUUGGUCGUUGCGGUUGUCGACACAGUACAUACCGCUGCUUUAUCUGAAAACGCCUGAUGUUGCUGACCCAGCCAGCCAGCGAACGGGAGGGUUAAUUUAAGGUGCUAGUUGUACACAGCAAUAUGCAAUCUGCUCGGUGCGCUGAGCCGCCGCGACUGUUCUUUAUUUGGAUGUUGACACUUUGUCGGCUUCUGUUAAAUCCGUUAUCUGUGCCCCAAACAAACUGAUAUCCCGCCGCUGUGUCGCCACCAACCAAUCGACACUUAGCCGGAGAACUGUGGGAAUAUCCGUACGAGGAAAUGGCAACUUCAGAGGAAAAAGUUUGUGCGUAAUGGAACAGAACUUUUUGUAAAAACAAAAAAACCCUCCCAGCACCAUUUGUGGUCUUUCCCCAUUUUCCAAAAGUCCUUUAUGGUACGAAGUGCUGGUCUCGCGGGCUGUGAAGGGGUUAAACCCUGGAAUGCGUUGUGACCGGGCCUACGGGGUGUAUGUGUGUUGUUAUUGGCCCGACAGGUCUAUAGAUCCAUAAACACCACUUUCUAUGUAAA